AAACCUGCUGGGAACCGUAUGAGGUAUAAAAGCCUCCUGUAAACCUGGACAGGCAAGUUGGAUGGAUCCACAGGUCGACAGCCCUUCAAACAUGGGAAAGAUCAUCUUUUACGAGGACAGGAACUUCCAGGGGCGCUCCUAUGAGUGCAUGAAUGACUGCCCUGACAUGUCUUCCUACCUCAGCCGCUGCCAUUCCUGCAGGGUGGAGAGCGGCUGCUUCAUGGUCUACGACCGUCCCAACUUCAUGGGUAACCAGUUCUACAUGAGGAGGGGCGAGUACUCUGACUACACACGCAUGGGCAUGAGUGAUUCCAUCCGCUCCUGCAGAAUGAUCCCCAUGCACAGAGGACAGUUCAGAAUGAGGAUCUACGAGAGGGAGAACUUCGGUGGUCAGAUGAUGGAGCUGAUGGACGACUGUGAUUCCAUCAUGGACCGUUACCGUAUGUCUGACUGCCAGUCCUGCAAUGUUAUGGAUGGCCACUGGCUCAUGUAUGAGCAGCCCCACUUCAGAGGCAGAAUGAUGUACAUGAGGCCUGGCGAGUACAGAAGCUUCAGGGAGAUGGGAAUGAGCAACAUGAGGUUCAUGAGCAUGAGGCGCAUCACUGACAUGUGUCAGUGACAUGUAAUUUGUCAUUCUGUAAGACAAACUCACCUCUGGAUUCACUGACAAAUCAUUUAACUGUGUUAUAAAUGAUUGUCUUUGGAUUUUUCAUAAAACAUUCAAGUAAAAUUCUCAAAUAAAGAAUUUUUUCAUUUAUAAUAACAAAA